AUGCUAACAAAUGGAGACGAGAGAGGCCGGACGAACUUUGUGAAUAGACGGUGGUCCAAUUUCACUAGAAUGAAGGCACCCCUGGCGGCUUCGCCUUGCUCUUCUAGUCUACAGCCUGCUCAGAGACAACUUGGGCCCAAGAGAUCUUGCCAGUUUGCUCAGUGGUCCAUGCUUCCAACCUUUGACCAAAGAACUGCCUCUUAUUAUCUGGAGGUGUCAAAGAACUGUCAAAAAGUGACCGUGUCACAGCAUCGACAGUUUUACCCUGAGAGUCGGGAGAGGUUCCAGAACAGCCAGAUCUUGUGCUGUGAAGGCUUCUCCUCGGGGCAGCAGUACUGGGAGGUGAACACUCGGGACUGCACCUCCUGGGCCGUUGGGGUGGCCUCCAGGGACAUCAUCGCCCACAGGCACCUGCUGGGCAGGACCACGGACUCGUGGUGCAUGGAAUGGAGUGAGGCCUCUGAAACAGUCAUCACCAAGGAGAGGCCCACGGUGGUGGGUGUAUGGCUUGACCUAGAGGGGAAUCAGGUCUCAUUUUACUCGGUUGAGAGUGAGGAGAAACUCUUACAUCGAUUUGAGCUUCCUGUCCCCAGGCCUGUUGUGUUCCCUGCUUUUUGGCUUUAUGGCCUACAGCCUGGGAACUCCUUGAUUAUAAACGAGGUAAGAGAUGAAGUACUCUCCUGUUGCUGAAACCAGUGACCAAGCUCAUAAGGGUCUUCUUGUCAACCAAUUAGCCAGUCAGUCAACAGAGAUUUAUUAAAUGCUUGCCAUGUGCCAGGCAUUGUGCUAAGAGCUGGGGUACAUAGGUCCAGUGGCCAAGUAACUUCUAAAUCAACGAUUAUGUUAAUACCCUCUGGUCCUGCAAUGUGGGUCAGUGGAAAAGCCACCCAGCUCCAAAGUACUUUGUACCCUCCCUUUCCUUCUCCUUCCUUUUCAGGGUAUAUUUUGAGAAGGUUGGAUCGAGAGUCAGAUUUGUAUCCUGGCAUUGCUUAAAACCUUAUGUGACUGGGGACCAAUGAUUUUUUUCUCUUUGGGCUUCAGUUUCUUGAUCUAUGAAGAGACCAUAGAUAUAUGGUCACAGG